GGAGGCGCGGGGCCGUUGGCUCCGGACAAAUAAACAUGGAGUCCAUCUUCCACGAGAAAGUCCUCCUCUGCUGCAGGGGCUAGGUCAGGAGAUAAGCGGUGGAAAACCUGAACACAGCAUCCUGAGACAAACUUGAUAGUAGAAACCGAACCAGCUGUCAGAGGACAAACCCGCCGUGCGCCGCUGUCCUUCAGCUUUGGCGGCCACCCUCCCUGGGAUCCGCGCUGAAACACCAGCUCUGAGGAGGCUCACAAGAAGGCUCACUUUGUGCUCAACAUUGCUUGAAUAAUCUGUUGCAAGGAGAAUACUUCAGCCCCGUGGAGCUCUCGUCCAUCGCACAUCAGCUGGAUGAGGAAGAGAGGAUGAGGAUGGCGGAAGGAGGGGUCACCAGUGAAGACUACCGGACCUUUUUACAGCAGCAGCCUUCUGGGAACAUGGAUGACAGCGGCUUCUUCUCUAUCCAAGUGAUCAGCAAUGCCUUGAAAGUCUGGGGGUUGGAAUUAAUCCUGUUCAACAGUCCAGAGUACCAGAGGCUCAGGAUCGAUCCUAUAAAUGAAAGAUCAUUCAUAUGCAAUUAUAAAGAACACUGGUUUACAGUCAGAAAAUUAGGAAAACAGUGGUUCAACUUGAAUUCUCUCUUGACGGGUCCAGAAUUAAUAUCAGAUACAUAUCUUGCACUUUUCUUGGCUCAGUUACAACAGGAAGGUUAUUCUAUAUUUGUUGUUAAGGGUGACCUGCCAGAUUGUGAAGCCGACCAGCUCCUGCAGAUGAUCAGGGUCCAACAGAUGCAGCGACCAAAGCUGAUUGGAGAAGAAUUAGCACAGCUGAAAGAACAGAGAGUCCAGGAGCCAGUCUUGGAAGCAAAUGACGGGUUGGCAAUGCUAGACGAGGAUGAGGAGGACUUGCAGAGGGCUCUGGCUCUCAGCCGCCAAGACAUUGACGUGGAAGACGAAGAAGCUGACCUCCGCAGGGCUAUUCAGCUCAGCAUGCAAGGUAGUUCCAGAGAUAAAUCUCAAGAUACUCCGCAGACAUCAAGUACACAUCUUACUUCAGAAGAGUUACGCAAGAGAAGAGAAGCCUACUUUGAAAAACAACAGCAGCAACGGCAGCAGCAGGACGUCCCGGGGCAGCUGCCACAGCCCUGUGACAGGCCGAGCACGAGUUCAGGACCACGUGGCUCUCACCCAGCAGGUGCUAUGAGUGAAGAAGACAUGCUCCGGGCAGCCGUGACCCUGUCUCUAGAAACUGUUAGAAAUAAUUUCAAAGCAGAAGGAAAAAAAUAGCACCUCUUAGAAGUUUCGAUAUUCACACUUGGCAACAUUCUCCUGUGUGUUCAGAGCAGAGGGUCCAUUUUGGUGAUGUGUCAAAGAGAAAACAACGUUCAGCAGGGGAAACCAGACUCGUGGUGGUUUGCAAACAAAUACAUCAGGACCGAAGAAUGUUCCUCCAAAUACUAGCCAAAGAGGAACCCAGCAAUUAAAGAAAUUUAAAAUGGUUUUUAAAUGCUCUUUUUUCUUCUCCAAGUGUGCAAUAUUUAACACGCUUAAAGUUAGGACAUUUUUCUUGGAACUUUGUAACAGACCAGUAAUCAGCUGCUCUUGCUGCAGACCUGUCUCUCCAUCUUGUCUUCUUCUGCUCUCUCCUAAAUCCUUUGGUUCCCUUUCAUCGCGUACCGGCACCUUGUUUCCCAGGACAGAUGACGUCACAGUUCCUGAGGGAUGAACUGUUCUCCCUCCAACCACGUCAUACAACUUGGAGCUUUUGUCACAGCCUUUUCUCCGAUCAUGCUUUCUCUGAGGGUCUUCCUUAUUUUUCCAUCACACACAUGAACUUGGUAAACUUUCUUGGGGUUUUACUGUGUAAGCCUCUAAAGUGGGGCCAGCACUUCAUGAUGAAGGUGCAUUCCUGAACUGAAAUGAGUUCUGCACACGCAUUUCGGAUACAUGGCCUGUUUCCCCCUUUAGCGGAGCCUGUCCCUCCCCAGACACUCUGAAUGUCUUCGCAGUUAUGUCACAGCUCUCCCACUUGGUUGUGACCCUCUUGGGUCUACCUGUCACUUCCUUUCUUCAAUUAAGGAAAUAGGAGAAACAGAGUGAGUGAGUGAGAGUUUCUUUGUGUUAGGAAGACAACAGACAAUACCCACCAUGAAUGUAUGGUCCAGUUUGGCCUUCAGUUGUAGUAGCAGUUUCAUUUUUGUUUUCUCACCCUGUGACUGGAGUUGUCUGUUCUAUUUACAAUGCCUGUUCCUGCUGCAUCUGAAACAAAGUAAUUUACAAAUGAAACUGUAUUUAAAUUUAUACUGUAACUUGACACUUGGAUCAUGUCUAAACAGCUUAAGAGUCAUAGGGCAAUCACGCAGUUCUUAAUGGGUCUGUAUAUAAGAAAGCCUUUAAUUUUGAUAAACAUUCUUGAACUAGGGUGUAUGGAGAGUAUCCUGGGUUGGUGGAGUGGUAUAGUUCUGGAGAAAAUUCUCUGGUUCUGUCAUCUGCUGCCUGUGUCCCAUUUUCCACUCUAAAACCCUUUGAAUGUUGAAUUGUUCAAAAACUAAAACUUAAGAGAAAAUCCACCACCUUAGGUGAUUAAAGUGUGGUGCUGCCGUAUUGUGUGGCCACUCGCUUGUGUCAGGGAGAUCUUUUUGGAUCUAGGACUUUGUGCUAACCAAAAGAGAAGAGAAAUGCCUUUUAUUUAUCAGGAUGAAAUAGCUUUUUACUGGAUAGACUUUUAAAAUCAUUAUUUUGUGCCAGAUAAAGUCUUUGAAGCUUAUUAAAAACCUGACUUUAAUUUUAAAAUGUAAAGUUUUCUUUUGAUAAGUGGAAAUAUUUCAGAAUAAUCAUAGAUUUAGAACUGCAAAGAAUGUUGGAGUUUAAUACUACUCCCUUAAAAUUCACAAACCAAAAUAUUUGAAGGCUAAACACUUUAUAACUACUCUUAGUAUGCAAUCAUGUUUUCAGGGUUAUUUGGCCUUUACCUUUUCCCACUGAGAAACUACAUCAAAUUUCUCAUGCACUUGGAUUGAUGAACUAUCUAAAUAAAAGGGAGAGUGAAUGUGCAUCUAAGAGCUUGAACUCUCAGAGCUGUAAAGUUCUUUUGUUGCACACCUGUGUUGAAAUGCUUAAGGAAACAAGGCAGAUCAACCUCCGUUUCUUAGACGUUUUUAAAAAGCAGCGCAAGGCACCCUCUAGAUGUAUUUCACUGUUUGUGUUCAGCAUCCUGUGGGAGGGAGGGCAUUUGGCAGGCAGGCCCAGAAUCACUCAUGUCCUGCCAUCCUGACUGGGUGACUUAAAGCCCACUGGACACUUCGACUCCAUUUCUAAAGGGAUUGGCCAGCAGGACAGGAUGCCAGUACUUAACACCACAUGUCAGAAAACUCAGAUUUUACACAGUGUUUGAGCUCACACAUCAGUAGCUGCUGUGUAUGGUAAAGCAACUUCCAGGUAGUCAGUAAUAAGUUUACAACAACCAUCCUGGGAAGGACUUUGCUUUUAUGCCGAUUUCCAUCCUAUUUGCCAGUUGGGAACACCUCAAUGUUUAAUAUUUAAACAAUUGGUAUCAUUUUUUAAAUGUGUAAUUGGUGUUACCAGGACAAAAUCCACACAGUGGUGAUGUUAGUGUCUGUUUAAACAUGUUUUGGAGAUGCCACUUCCAUUAUGAUCUGAUGUCACAAGUAUAAUAAGUACUGUAAUUAUUUAUGCUUUAAAGAUUCAAGAGCAGUUAGCCUGUGAUCUGAAAUGAUCAGUGUAUUUCCUCUAUAGUUACUACAUACACGUAUUUCGGCACUAUAUGUUGCUUAGAAAGCUUGCCGUAGGUAGACUAUUUUAACUCUUUUAAGAGUCUGGCCAAAUAAUUUACAAUUCACAAACUAUAUAAGGAGGUGCUUUUUUUCCCCUUUAGAACUUGAUUUUUCUUAGUAACUUAUUCAUGCCAAAGUAAAUAAAAAAACUCAAAGCCAGGUGGGAGUUACUAUAGACAAAACUACCAGUAGUCUACAUUAUUUCAUAUUAGAUUGAAGGAACUGGGUUUUAUUCAAGUUAACAGUCAUUUACAUAUUAAUACCUACAUUUUUAGACAAUUUUCAAAUAGCAUCAUGUUGGUGCCGAGAUUUUAAAAAUAUCUUAAAAUGAGACCACUGAAUUUGUGGCCGUUCAAAAAUUGGUUCAAGCAUAAGCAAAAUAUAAUUAAAAUAUCUUAAGUUGAUUGUAUUAUUAUUUUUUAAGAUUCUUUUUUUUUAAUAUUUUAUUUAUUUAUGAGAAAGAUAGGAGAAGAGAGAAAGAACCAGACAUCACUCUGGCAUAUGUGCUGCCAGGGAUCGAACUCGGGACCUCAGGCUUGAGAGUCCAAAGCUUUAUCACUGCGCCACCUCCUGGACCACAGUUGAUUGUAUUUCUUAUCUUACAGUCUUGUUAAUCAUAAUUAAAUCACUAAUAAAAAUUGAAGAAUAUAUUACGUUGAAAAUACUGAUGUUUAAAAUUGCUAAGAGAGCUCACCUUAAAUUCUUACCAAAAAUGUCAUCUGUGGUUGGGUAGGUCUCAUACCACUCCUGUCAAAGUCAAUUGCUGAUUUACCUGAACCAUGAUGAUCACAUCCUUUUAGUAAUCAAGAAAAACUAGACCAGGCGAGCUGUUUCGGCUUUUCCUGUGUUUGAAAUACUUUCUUUCCUGGCUCCUCUGGAAUCAGCACCUGUUGCUACAGAAGUAAGUCGGCUUUUAAAAAAGUCUAACAUACAAAAUAUUUUUUAGUCCUUUAGUUCUCGUGAAUGCAGAAAUUGACACAGAUGGUUAAUUCUCAAAGUGUGGUGUUUAGGUUUUUUUUUAUUAGUGAAUUUACAUUGGUUUACAAAAUUACAGGAUUUCAGGGCUACAGUUUGAUGCCUGUUGUGGAUGCACAGCUCACCACACCCAUGGCCAAAGUUUCCAUGUCCCUCCAGAUACCACCAUGCUUUGAAAUGUUAGGUUUUUCGUCUAAAGGGAGUCUUUUUUUUUUUUUUUUAAUGCUAUUACAUUUUAAGAACUAAUACUGGUAAAUAGCUCAUUGGAACUUUCAGUACUUGGCAUUUUAAUAUAGUAAGACUGGAUUCACAGGCAAGGAGUAGAGAGCUUUGUUGAAAUGUAUGUGGAAGCUCCAGACCCAGCAAGAAGGCACUUGGGUCAUCUCUCAAAGAGUUCAAAGGUGAAGGUUGCCAGGAAUUUUUUACUCCUUUUUUUUUCUUUGAAAGAGGAAACCUGUACAUUUGAAUGUAAUUAUGUAAUUCCUGUAUACACUGGAAUAAUAAGGAUAAAUUUUUAAAAAUAAAUUCACUAUUCUGUAUAAAUACACUAUUUGAGACUCAAGUACAAAAACUCUGGAAAGACGAGCAUCAUCUUUGGUGGGGACACGGGUGCAUGGGGCGGUGCCCACUGCUCAGGACCUAGUGCUGUAGCCCCUUGUCCCGACACCGGCCUCCUGUCUGGUCCUUAGCUGAGCUGGGUGUCCAGAGCCCUUGAGCACUGGGGACUCUUGAUGUGGGUGUCUAUGAGCUGUAUUUUAAACACCAGAGCUUAUUAAAUAAAGGUGUCUCCUUUUCUA